AUGUACAGAAAUGUACGUCAUCGAAGAACGCCGCCAAAAAAAGAAAAGAAAAUCACUUCGAAACUCUUCGAUUCCUCAUUGUUGCGAGACGUAAACAUAACGUUGAAAAAUAUGAGUACCAUGAGUGCUAUCAAACCAAGUAAAAUUUGUGCAUCUGUGCGCGGUUCGCAUUCUUUAGGACAUGGGCGAAAGGCUCUGUUCCUUAGUCCGAAGAAAUCCGCCUUGAAUUUUCGUGAAAGUCAGUUCCAAGGCAGUACGCGAGCCUUAAAAGCGCGAUUAAGUUUCUCCGAUUCAAAAGUAACGAGAAGGAAUACGGUAGUUCGUGCGGAAAAAGUAGUUGGAAUCGAUCUCGGGACGACAAACUCAGCGGUUGCUGCUAUGGAGGGCGGUGCUCCUACUAUUGUCACGAACGCCGAGGGAGGGAGAACGACUCCUUCCGUAGUUGCCUAUACUAAGGCCGGUGAUCGGUUAGUAGGUCAAAUCGCAAAGCGCCAGGGAGUUGUAAACCCAGAGAACACUUUUUACUCUGUAAAGCGUUUCAUUGGUAGACGCCACGAUGAAAUUUCGAAUGAGGCCAAAGAAAUACCAUACACUGUUGUGAACAGCGCUGGAAACGUGAAAUUAGACUGCCCAGCUUUGGGUAAGCAAUUUGCAGCGGAAGAGAUCUCGGCCCAGGUCUUGCGCAAACUUUGCGACGAUGCUUCAUCCUUUCUUGGAGACUCAGUGACUAAGGCUGUGAUUACAGUUCCUGCGUAUUUCAACGAUAGUCAGAGACAAGCCACAAAAGAUGCCGGGCAGAUUGCUGGUAUUGAUGUUUUGCGUAUCAUCAAUGAACCGACUGCUGCUUCGCUUGCAUAUGGUUUUGAGAGAAAAGCCAAUGAAACCAUUUUAAUUUUUGAUCUCGGAGGAGGUACCUUUGAUGUUUCCAUCCUUGAAGUUGGCGAUGGCGUGUUUGAGGUUCUCUCAACUUCGGGCGAUACGCACCUUGGCGGUGAUGAUUUUGAUAAACGAAUUGUUGAGUGGCUUGCAGGAGAUUUUAAGAAAUCUGAAGGAAUCGAUCUCAUCAAAGACAAACAGGCCUUGCAGCGCUUGACCGAAGCCGCUGAGAAGGCAAAGAUGGAACUUUCUACUACUGCUAGUGCUUCGAUUUCUCUUCCAUUCAUCACCGCGACUGCUGACGGUCCAAAGCACAUCGAUACCCAACUAUCGAGAAGUAAGUUCGAACAAUUGUGUGAAGACCUCAUCACUCGUUGCCAGCAACCUGUUGAGCAAGCGUUAAAAGACGCAAAAUUGAGUCUCUCUGAAGUGAAUGAGGUUAUCUUGGUAGGAGGUUCUACCCGCAUACCGGCAGUUCGUGAGUUGGUAAAAAAAUUGACUGGAAAAGAUCCAAAUAUGAGUGUGAAUCCAGACGAAGUUGUUGCCUUAGGGGCUGCAGUUCAAGGUGGCGUGCUCGCUGGUGAAGUUUCUGACAUAGUUCUUCUUGACGUCACUCCGCUUUCACUUGGACUUGAAACACUUGGGGGUGUUAUGACGAAGCUCAUUCCUCGAAACACAACAUUACCUACUUCGAAAUCUGAAGUUUUCUCCACCGCUGCUGAUGGCCAAACCAGUGUAGAAAUUAACGUUUUGCAAGGUGAAAGAGAGUUUGUGAAAGAUAAUAAAAGUCUUGGCAACUUUCGUUUGGAUGGAAUACCAUCCGCUCCCCGUGGAGUUCCGCAGAUUGAAGUCAAGUUCGAUAUAGAUGCGAAUGGAAUUCUUUCUGUCGAAGCUUGUGAUAAAGGCACUGGAAAAAAGCAAGAUAUUAAAAUCACAGGAGCUUCGACUUUAUCUUCAGACGAAGUGGACCGCAUGGUGAAUGAAGCUGAAAAAUUUUCCGAAGAGGAUAAGAAAAAGCGCGAAGAUGUUGAUGUCCGAAACAGUGCGGAUUCGAUGGCAUAUCAGACUGAGAAACAGCUCACUGAACUUGGUGAUAAAGUUCCAGAGGAUGUCAAAGAGAAAGUAAAUCAAAAGCUGACCGAGUUGAAGUCAGCAGUUGAAGGUGGCGAUAUUGCGCAGAUGAAGGAGGCCCAAGAAGCCCUUCAAAAAGAGGUCAUGGAGAUGGGGCAAGCGAUAUAUCAGGGAUCUCCGCAACCCUCUGCAGGAUCAGAAGAAAAGACCAGUUCAGAUCCUGGUUCUGCUGCUGAUGAUGUGAUUGACGCAGAGUUUUCAAAGCUCUGCUCAGAUACCCUCUGCUUAACUAAUUUAAGCAUAUUGAGAAAUCCAUUCGUCCGUGAAGGCGUAAGAGUUUGUUUCAAACCAAGUUUCUCAAUAAACUCAGGAGGUACGUUCAAGAUCUCUUCCUUACUAGAACCUCGUAACCCCUCAACGAGCAACCCAGCCAGACCUUUAGUCAGUUGUGAAUCCGAAUCAGCCAGAAAGUAA